AUGGCAAAAGAUUUUAUUCGCGGCCGGCCCAAGCCAGAAAUUAAGCAGCGGGCCCCUAGCAAAUCAAAAUUAAACAAAUCUCAACCAGGCGCCUCACUAUUACUUUCUUUUCUCGCCUUCCUUUGGUUGCUGGCAAACAGCUCCAAUAAGGCAUUGGAGGAAUCGCUUUCGACAGGUUACUUUGGUUGUGUAUUGAUUCUCGGCAUCCAAACGUUGUCGUUCAAAUUCACAAAUCACACAGUCUCGCUUCCUGAAAUGAGGAGAGCUAACGAUUGUUUAUCCUGGGGAAAACGGAAAAGACAGGAGGCUGAGAACAUAAAGCUAAUCCAGAAUAAACAAUAUGGUCGGGCAGAUGAUGAAUAUGAUUUUGAAGAUGGGCCAUGCCGAAAGUCUAGGAAGAAGGUUGCAACUCAGCAAGAGCGUUGCCUUUUUUGCUUUGAGAAUCCUAAUCAGCCAAAACACCUUGUUGUGUCAAUUGCAAACUUCACGUAUUUGAUGUUGCCACAGUGGCAGCCUGUUGUUCCAGGCCAUUGUUUUAUCUUACCGAUGCAGCAUGAAUCAGCCACAAGGAGUGUUGACAAUUAUGUAAGGGAAGAAAUUCGCAAUUUCAAGAAAUGCCUUAUAAUGAUGUUUGCGAAACAAGGGAAGGAUUUAGUGUUCCUUGAAACAGUAAUGGGGUUGGCACCACAACGUCGUCACUGUUUAAUUGAGUGCAUUCCCCUGCCACAAAAAAUUGCUAAACAGGGCCCUCUCUACUUUAAAAAGGCAAUCGAAGAAGCUGAACAUGAGUGGAGCCAGCACAAUGCAAAGAAGCUGAUUGAUACAAGGGUUAAGGGGUUGCGUGCUUCUGUCCCCAAGGACUUCCCUUACUUCCAUGUUGAGUUCGGCUUAAACAGUGGCUUUGUCCACGUUAUCGACGAUGAGAUGCAAUUCAAAAGUAGCUUUGGACUCGAUGUGAUAAGAGGUAUGCUGCGUUUGCCAGAAGAAGAGGUAUAUCGUCGACGGAGGUAUGAGUCAGUGGAUGCAAAAAAGCAAGCGGUUGCAAAUUUUGCACGAGACUGGGAACCUUUUGACUGGACAAAACAGCUUGACUAAGUCUUUCAAAUAUGCAAAGUUCUAAGGAUGGAUCUAGCCAUUUUCUAAACAAAUGAGAUUUCUCCUUUAUUGUAAUAUAUAAAUAAAGUUUGUUUUAUUAUACUAACAUGAAUUGAUUUUUUUAAUUUAAUAUUUCUCUAUAUAUCAAGUUUUUUAAAGCCGAUCCGGUCAUUGAAUUGGUGAAGACAUAGGAAUAAGAAUUUAAAGAUCAAGUGAAAUUAUGCUAUAAAAUGGAUGGUGACAAUUUGAUGGUUUUGAAAAGAAUUUGAUUAAUAGUUUUGAGCCACUA